CAGGAAAAGAUGUUCUGAACCAAAGGAAACAUCUCAAGUACUAUUAGAUUUUAGAUUCCGAGCAUAGCGGGUAAGCUAUUGGUUUUAUAAUGCUGUUUAUUUUUUUUUCUUUGUUCUAGACUGUGGACACAUUUUUUCCUAGUAAACUUUCUUCGAUUUUUACUUGUUCAGAUAAAAAAAAAGUAAUAAUAAUCAUCUUUGUAAAACCAAUAUAUUCCUCGUUUCAUUUAGAAUUAAACAUAUGAGUACAUUUGAUUUAGCCUUUGACCAGUGCUAUGGUGCACAGGAACAGUGCACCACCUAUGGUUUUAAAAUCUAUGAGUACAUUAUAUUGUUGUUAUUACUAAAAUAUAAAAAUAUAUUAUUAAUUGUUAUAAUACAUAUUAUAUUAUGAACUAGAAAUGCAUUCAUAUUUAUUUUAGAGACAAGAAUAAAAAUUAUUUUAUAAAAUUAAAGAAGUAUUUAAUGUGAAAAAUUAAGAAAAACAAAUGUUAGCGCAGGUUAUAGGUAUGCCAUCAUACACAAUUUGCUGUGACAGUGGUCAAACAUCCUCCGAUUUUUACGGGUAGCAACUUUUCUGAAAGCUCAAAUUGUCUUGAUUGUACUUUAAAAAGGUCAUUUAUUGAUUUUCGACUCCAUUUUUUAAAUAAUAACAUUUAGGUGGGAAAAAACGUAGAAAAACGUACAAUUUUACAAUUCAUUAUUUUAUAAAAACACAGACGACAUUUUAUACCAGAAAAAAUGAUUUAAUUGAAAAAUCACAAAAUAUCUUUUUUGUUGCCUUUCUAAUUUACUUUCUUACGGUAUCGUGGCUAAAACUCUUGAGCUUUUGAUAAAUUUAAAUUUUUGGAGUUUUUUUGCUGUAAUUCGGUUAUAAAUACACGUAAAGACUUGAAAUUUCCAAAAUCAUCGAGCGACUUUUUUUAAAUUUUUUUACAAUGAUACUUUUUUUUUCAUAUUGUAGACCACUUUUAUCCAAGAAAACUUCCUUCGAUGUAUAAAUGUAGCACCAUUUCUGAAAGUAAAUUUUAUUUACUUAGUAAAUACAUAAGUCAUUUUUUGAUUAUCGAAAUGGUAUUUAAAAUAAAAAACGAUUAACCGGGGGGAAAAAUACGAUUUUUUCACGAUUUCGUUAUAUUAAAUAAUUACUUACGUUAAUCAAUUGUAGUCAGUUGAUAAAAAAAAAAACCAAUAAAAAUAAUUAUUGUUAUGUAUAAAGAUCAGCUUUUAAAUUACCAAUAUUCUCAUAAUCGCGUUGAGUAGAGAAGACGAUUUUACGAUUUAUUCUCAAUUCUUAUUUGCUACCUCCCCUCAUUAACAAUUUUUGGGCACGCCACUGGCCCUCAUUAUUAUUUAGGCUCUCUUAUUUAUUAUAGUCCAUCAUUACCACAGAUCAGUUGCGUGUUGUCUACAUUUGAUAUCACAAUUCAUGACAUGUUUAGUGAUAAGGAUAAAAAGGCGGUGAGUUAUCAUCAAUGAUCAUGACCAUAACCACGACUAAGGAUCAACUGUUAUGUGGUAACGGUUACUUGGUAUGACGCGCCCGUCCGUACACACACACACACACGUAUUCCGUAGUUCUCCCUUCCAAUCUUUUUAAUUUUCUGUCAUUCAUUCGUUAGACAUUUUAUUUAUCUUGUAUCCAUUUUGGUAACAAAGAAUUAUUGGCAAAAAGUACUCUGCAUUUUUUAAGAACAUUGACAUUCUCGAAAAUAGUAAAAUACAAUACCAAUUCGUGUAUAUACAAUUUAAUAUCGAAAAGGGAAAUUACCAAUUUUGUUUUUUUACAAGGUACGUACCAAAGUCUCAUGACCUAUAUACAUAUACUUAUACUUAUUAAAAGUAAAACACACCACCUACCUAUAUGAUUGUGUUUAAAAUGAAAAACAAUGUUUUCAUUCAGUUUUAUAUUUUGCAUAGGUAUAUGGUGAUAUUUUUUAGAUGUAUUGUAAUAGGUGUGAACAUACAUAUGUAUAUUAUAUUAGCAUAUGGUAUACAUUUUUUACACACAUUUUUCAAUAAUGAUCAACAUAUCCUAUAGGAUUGUUGAGAAAUUGGGUAUAGGUAUGAAAAGAAAAUACUGUAGACAAUUACACUACCUACCUACAUUAUAUUGUAUUGCAUUGUAUAUCUUAGGAAUAAGUUGUGAAUCUCUUAAAAAUGUGCAUAAUAUGACUAUAAUUCCAAUAAUAUCUUUCUAGGUUUAAGAAUGCAUUCCAAUUGUUUUUUUUUUUAUUUACUUUCCUGUUUAUUAUUCAAAGAUAUCAUGUUUUAACCACAACCUUUGUCAUUAAUUUUAAUUGUAUAAAAAAAUAAAUAUAUAAAUAAUCUCAAAAGGUAUAUAAUUUAUGAAUCGAAGGAAAACUGAUUAUUAUUUAUUUAUUUGACUAGACUUGACCAAAAAGAAAAAAGAAAAUAUUAUUUAAUAUUGGAUAAUAGAUAUUUUCUAAUAACCUAUGCCUUUUUAUUAAAACCAGUUAAAAUAAAUCCAUAUCUAAUGAUUAUUCUUGAUAAUUUGAGUAUUUUAAAGUUUUAAAUACUACACUUAAUUUUUUUAAAUUUACUAUAAUCUAUGCAGUUUUUAUGUUUGGAUACUUGACAUAUUAUAGUUUGUACAAUUUAUAUCUAUCUAAAAUACACUGACCACUAGAAUUACUGAAUUAUGUAACAGUACCAUUAUAUAAUAUCAUACUUCAUUAUGCAUUUAUUUUGUUAACAAUUAAUUAAAUAUUUGCUAAUUUGUAUUAUUUUUUUCAUGUUUCAGUGCAACAAUUAAAAGCAAACUAUGGAAGAUAUAUAUGCCAAGUUAGUACAUAUGCUUACAUAAUACUAUUAAUUUAAUCAAUAUAUUAUAAUAUAUUUAAUCUAAUCAAUUAUAAUACAAAACUAGGAAAAUUAUGUAAAUGACAUUUAUUCAUAAUUUAUUUGUCAUAAUAGUAACAAAAUGCAAUGCAUUUUUUUAUUUCAGGUGCUUAUCUCUUACAGUAUAAUAUUGAUAAAAAUAUUUUAAUAUAAUAAAUUAUAUAUAUUUUCUUUUUUUUAAAAUUUUUAUGAUACCCGUAUGUAAAAGGUUUAUAUUGAAUCAAUGAGCUAUUUUUAUGUAAACAUAUAUAUAUUUUAAAAUUUUAGCAAGAAAGCAUAUAAUGUCUUGCUUUUUUAAAUUCAAGAAUACAAAAUAAUAUAAUUUAAUUAAAUAAAUUGUCUAGAAAUUAUUAGAAGUCCCUAAUAAUAUUAAUAUUUAAAAUUAUUGCUAUUUUUGGUUUAUAAGAUACAUAUUAAAAUAUAAUGAAAAUAUAAUUGGGUUAUUUAUUACAACACUGUACAUUUAAAUGUCAUUUGUAAUACCCUAUUUUUCAAGAACUUUUAUAAAAUUAGAAUUUAGUUCAGACCCAGCAGCUUUUUGUAACUACUUCAAACAUAAUGCAAAUGUGUUCACAAAUUGAUAAUUUUAAUCUAUGCCCAAUCAAUAAUUCAAUUUUGUUUGAAGAAAAUCAUGAAUAUAGUUGAGUAUAGAAAGUCACUAGGUUUAUUAAAGACAAAGAUUAAUUAAAUGGUAUUGUACAAUAAGGUGUUGACUACAUGAAAACUUAAAUUACUGUACAAAUUUUAAUGUUAUUAACAUUUUAAAUGUUAUACCUAAAACCUUAUUUUUUAUAAUAAUAUUUAAAAACAAAAUUAAAAUUGCAUUGCCUAUAAUACUAAUAAUAAUAGUAAUCUGUCUCUAUAUUGUGUGGAUUAUGUUUUUAGAUUUGUUAUAAUUAAAUUAUAUCAUAUUAUAGAUUUAUUCAAGAAUGAGCUGAUAUAAUAUAAUAAUCUUGUAAUAUAAAAUUAAUUAUGUAAUCACUAUUACCCUCUCUUUCUUAUUAUACUUGUAUAUGCAUAUAUUUUCUUAAUUUUUAUACAAUUACAUAUUUAUUUAAAUUAUUGAAAAGUCAAAUUUAGAUUCUAUUUUGAUGGCAGUUUGAUCCAUGAUUAGUUUUAUAUUUCAAUGUGGUUUUAUAUCAACAAUUGAAUUCAAUGUUUUUAAAAUUUGUACACAAUAUUUUCAUGGAAAAAAAAUGAAUUUAAUAUUUUUUUGGUUUUAAACUCUUAAGAGGACGUUUUACCCCCAUCUACUGUUUCAGUCAAACUACAGGGUAAAAUGGAAAAAUAAUGCUUAUGCAGAAUAAGUAAAACUAGUUUUAUUUUGAUUUUAGAGUAAAAGUACCUAUUAUGAAAUUUAUAGUGAAAAAUAUUUUGGAAGGAAUGUUAUAGGGUUUCUUUUUAUUAUUCAAAAUAUACAGCUCGAUAUAAAACCUUAAUUUUUUCUUUUUUAAAUAAUUAUAACUUUUUAAUAGUUCAUAUUCCAAAAAAUCACUUACCGCGGUCCCUUUAAAAUAUUGUUCUCUAUAAAUGUUUUUUCUUUAACUCUCCAAUUAAAAUUAAGCCAGUUCUACAUAUUCUUUGUAAGCAUUGUUUUUGUAUGUUACCCAGUAGUUGGACUGAGACAGUAGUGGGGGUAUAAGGUCUUAAUAUGUUAUUUUUAAACUUAAAAACUUAAAAAGAUAAAAAAUAAUUAAUUCUUUGAGCCAUACAUUGUACCUACUUGUAAUUUAAUAAUUAUAAGUAUCUAUCUAUUCUACCUACAUUUCAAAAAUGGGUAUGUUUUUAUCUUACUAUAAUUUCAUGGUUGUGUCCAAUACAAAUUAUAUAAUGCAUCUUAUGCAAAAUUAUAAUUACAUAUUUAUUAAUUAAGUUAAAUUUUAUGAAACUCGUUUUAUUGAUAUAUUUAAGUAAGUCACUUUUUGAUUUUUUUUUUGGGGCAGUAAACUAAUAUGACAGGAGAGGUAAAGUUAGCUGGGAAGUAUAUAGGAAGUAAAGGUAAUUCAAGUUCAGAAACCACAUAUAUUCUUGAUAUAUUCUAUGGGAGUGAGAGUAAAACAAAGUUUUGUAUCCAAUUUUUAACUGGUUUUAUGGCUGUUAUUUAUUUGUUACAGAAAGAUUACUAUUGAGUGGGUAGAGAUUAAAUAGAGUUACAAUCACUGUUAUAAAUAUCAACUACCCCCAUAUUAUAUUACUUGGUUAUUUUAUUAUUACUGUCAUAAUUCUUACUAGAAUACCACUAUGAACUACACUGUUAUUUGCUUUGAUUGUAUCAGUGUAUUAGUAUUAUGAUAUACUAUUAGUCUAUUAUGAAUAUUUUGACAUCAAAUUACAUAAUACCUAUGUUAAUAGAGUAAAUAUUAUGAAUUUUGAUUUUAGUAUAUUUAUUAUUAUUUUAUAAAUUUGUAUUAUUAAUAUAAAAUAUUUUAAUGUCUUACUGUUGGUGUUGUGUAUGGCAGUACUGACACUGCCUAAACUGUGUUUUUUCUGUAUCUUUUUUUUUUGUUAAAUGUAUUAACGAUGUGGCUAUGCUACUGUUGUUUUACAAUGAGUAUCAUAUCUACCUAUGUAUCAUUAUAACACUGUAUUAAUUAGUACUCUUACAAAUUAUAUUUUGAAUUGUUAUUUACUUUUAUUAAAUUAUUUUAAUGUUGUUUGUGACAACAUAACAUGGUGUCACGUAGAUAUAAUAUGAAAUAGUGCUAUGGACUUCGUGCAAUCAAAAUUAGUCUGCCAGAUAGCCAAGAUGUAAUGGGUGUAUGAGCAUUAAAACUUACGGAGAAUCAUGGGAAGAAUUUAAGAAAUGGGAACAAAGGUAGGAUUUUUAUGUUAAUUUUUGACUUACACUUUACCAAAUAAACUGCAAUCUUGCUAAACUUGAUGGGCAAUCAAGAUAUUGAAUAUUGUAUAAUAUGUUCAACCUAGAAUAUAAAGCAACAAUAAAAGAGUUAGUGGAAAAGUUCAAAACAUACUUUAAUCCUCACAAAAAUAUAUUUUACAAAAGAUUUAAAUUGUGUUUAACGCAAAAUAAAAAAAAAAGGUCAAAGCAUUGAAGAAUAUAUUAUUAAAUUCCAAACAUUAACACAGUCAUGUAAAUAUAAAAAACAAAUAAACAUGUGUCCUGAUGGAUUGAUAGUUAGACCAUCCGAUAUUGGUCUGCAAAAGUGUUUGUUGAGAAAAUCAGACCUUACUGGAGAAAACUAUUCUACCAAACUACUGAAGCAAGUUAACACCAAGCAAAUAUGAUUCAAGGAAGAAAAAGCAAAGCUGGCGAGCUACAAUCAAGCAAGGGGAUGCAGUUAUGUUAAAAGAACGAUAAAAUGCCUACAGGAAGUCAAAUAGAAGUCAACAAAAUGGUAGCUAAAAGUCUUAUAAAAACCCAAGUAUUAACAAAUGUAGUAAGUGUGACUCUACUUAGAAAUUUUCCAGUGUUUAAUAAAACUUGCGCCAAAUGUUAAAGCACAAUUAUUUUGCUUCCCUUUGUAAAACAAAAAAAAAAAAUGUACUUUUAGUUGGUAGUGAAUCUGAGGUUAAUAGUUUGUUCUUUCAUUUGUUAAUAAGUAAUAAUGAUUAUACAUAAAUCAUGUUACAAAAAUGUACUGUUGUUUGGAGUGAAAAAUAGUAUUAGUGUGAAGUUUAAGCUAAACUUUGGGGCAGAGGCGAAUAUUUUACUCUUAAUAUAGUACAUUAAUUGUUAAAGUUAAAUAAAUUGGUUAACACAAGAAUUGUUCCAGUUAAUAUUGGUAAUCAGAGAAUAAUAAGGGGAAAUGACAAUAGACUGUAAUCAAAAACGGUGAUGUGAAACAAAAAAUAAAAAUUUUAGUUAUCAAUAUUUGUAAUGCUAUUCCUAUUUUAAGACUUGAGGCAUGUAAAGUGUUAUAGUUAAUUAAAAGAGCUGAUUUAGUAAAGUAAAAUAUGAGAGCAUCAAAAUGAAUAUAAAAGUAGUUAAUUGACUCUUCAGGAUGUAUUUGAAGAAUAGGUACAUUUCCUGACUGAAAAUACCAUAUUACACUAGAUAAAAGUGUUAAACCAGUGGUUAGUUCAAAUAAGAGAGUACCAUUUAGUGUAAUUCCUGAGUUAAAAGUAACUCUGGAGUUGCUGGAAGAAAGGAAUAUUAAUAAAAAAAUCAAUAUAAGACUACAGAAUGGGUGAGUCCAUUAGAUUAAUAUUCUUGAACCAAAAAGUUGUUAUACCAAAAGUGUUAAGAGAAUCAAUGGUGAAAAUUAUACAUGAAGGCCUCUAGGAAAUAGUUAAAUAUAAUGAUAGGGUAAGAGAACUGGUUUUUUAAUGUGGAUUAGAUAAAGAUAUUUUUCACAAUUAAAUUUUAAUUAAAUCCUAUAUGAAAUGUGCAAGACUACAAAAUUCCAUGCCAAAAAACUUUUAUUUUCUCACCCAGUACCAAGUAGACCAUGGGAGCAGAUGUACUAGAAUUUAAUCAUAAAUAUUAUAUAGUGAUUACUGAUUAUUAUUCUAAUUGGGUGGAACUAUUGCAUAUAAAUAAUAAAACUUCUAGUGAAAUUAUAAUUAAAAUGAUAUCUGUGUUUGCUAGAUUUGGUGUACCUAAUGUGUUAGUAGUUGAUAAUGUGCUAUACAAUAGUUUGGAGUUUAAACAUUUUGCUAGAAAUUGGAACAUUGAUAUUAAAACUAGUUGUCCUGAAAAGUAUGUAAGGAUUCGUAACAAAAUAUUAAAAAUAUGUAGUGAGUGUAAUAGUUCCCUUAUAUUGUACUAUUGGAAUACAAAAAUACCCUUAUUGAAUUAAUAGAUCUGUCUCUUGCAGAAAUGUUAAUGUUAAUAAAGUUAAAGGACAAGUUACUUGUCUUGAAAAGUAUUUUAAAACCAAAAAUUAUUAAUUCAAAGGAGUUAAAAGGUAAGUUAUUAGAAAAGAAAAAAAACAUUAAGUGUAUUAUGAUAGGCACACAAAACAGUGAAUUUAGGCCCCAAGAAGAUAUAUUGUUUUUAAAAGAUAAUGAGUGGGUACCAGAAAGAGUUGUAAAGAAAGCUAAUACCCCUAGGUUUUAUUGGAUAACUGACAUGUAUAAAAAAGAGUAAAAGAACAAGUAAGCAUUUGAGAAAAAGAAAGUUAUAAUCAUUUUGUACAAAAUAUAGUAUAUUAGAGAGCGAGUCUCAGCAUAUGAAUAACUGUGAUCAAGUAGUUCAUAUUUCACAGGAAACCGUAAUGGCUAAGAGGUUGCAUAAACCUAAUAAAGUUAAAAAGAUUAUUUGUAUUAUUAGUUAAGGUGUUCAUUAUUGUAUUAUGUUUGUUAAAUAUAGGUAAUAUUAAUGUGUAUUAUAUAUAUAUAUAUAUUUGUUGUAGGCCAUAUGGAAAAUUAGUAUUUGGGAAAAGACGGCUCUUUGCAAUGGGGUAGCCCAGUUGUGAACUACUUAUUAUUUUUCCAACCUGUCUACUGUUUUUCAGGCUUAUUGAAUAUAUACUUAACAGCAGUUAGGCCUUUUAAGAAAUACAAUAAUUAUAAUAUAAUAACAACUAUUUUACUUAUUUAAUUUUAAGGGUAAUUUAUUACUUUUACAAAGAAAAAAAAGAUCAAUAGAAUUAUUAUAACAUGUAAAAUGAAUAGUCUGAAUAAGUAUGGUACUUAUUAUAUAGUAUUAUAUUUAUUUUAUAAACUCUAUAUCAAUAGUAUUGGUGAUGUUUAGAUUAUUUUAAAGUUUUUGAUUAUUUUAUUACUAGUUUUAUUUUACAUUACUAACAAAAAUAAAAAUAUGUAAAAUAUUUACUUAUUGUUCAUGUGCUUUUUUGUGUUACAUUUUUUAUUUAUACUUACAAAUUUAAAUUGAAUUAAAUAUAUUUAUUUAUAUUUUCUGUAAUAUUCUAUAUAAUAAUAUAUACUUAUUUAGUUUACAUGUUAUAAUUAUUUUAUUGAUCUUAUUUUUUUUGUGAAAGUAAUAAAUUACCCUUAAAAUAAAAUAAGUAAAAUGAUUGUUACUAUAUUAUAAUGAUUGUAAUAAUUAAAAUGCCUAACUGCUGUUAGUCUGUGUGCAAUAAACCUCAAAAACAGUAUGCCAUUUGGAAAAAAGUAGUUCGCAAAUGGUCUACCCAAUUGCAAAAAACCUAGUCUUUUCACAAAAAGACUAAUUUUCUAUAUGACUUACGACAUUUAUAUUAAUAAAAUACUUGGUGUAAGGGUGUUGUGUAUGGUAGCACUGACACUGCCUAAUCUAUGUGUUUCUCUAUAUCUAUUUUGUAUACAUGUGUUAGCUGUGCUACCAUUGUCUUAAGCCCGGUUCACACUAAGACAACAUUGAACUUCAUGUAAGUUGUCUAUAAUUUCCUAUUGUUCUGUAAUACAUAAAAACAAAUUGCAACAUUGAUAAACUUGUAGCUACAUGUUGUCUGUUUGUUAUAUUGUUUUUAAAUUGUUUUGUGGUAACAUAUUUCUUUUUCAAUUGAAUCAUGAAUCAAUGAAAUCUUUUGUUGUGUCAACAUACUAAGACUUAAAAAAUUGUUACAUGUUGCUUUAGUGUGGACCGGACUUUAUAAUAUGUUUCAUUUCGUACCUACCUAUGUAUCAGUAUAACUGUAUUAAUUUAUUAUUACUCAUGCAAAUUAUAUUUUGAUUUAUAAAUUAACAAUGUUUAAUUUUAUUAAAAUUGUUUAAUGUUGUUUGUAACAACAUAAGAGUUGGAAUUCGUAUUUUCCACAAUUUUGGGAUAAUUUUUUAAUCAUAGUCUCACUAUCCACAGUAUAAAUAGUUUUUGAGAUCUUUUGUUUUAAAAACAGAUUUCUCUGUACGGUUUUUGUUUUUUGUACAUGUAUUAUUAUGUAUACAGGCUAUCCCACAAAGAUUUGCCCCUUGAAUAUCUCCAGAGAUUAUAUAGAUAAUUUAAAUUCUGGUUUAUAUAUAUAUAUGUAAAAAUAAUAUAAAAUAAUAUAUUUGUAUAUAUAUAUAUUACUCGCAAGGUUGAGAAUAUAUAUUUGAAUUAAAUUUUUUUCAGUAAAAAAAAUUUAUAUGAUUUUUUUACUUAAAAAAAAAAUGUAAUUAUAAAUAUUUGUAGUCCUUAUCCCUGUGAGUAAUAUAACAAAAAAAAACAAUAAUUUGAUUAUUUUUAUUAUCUUUGGAGAUAAUCAAAGGUUAUAUCUUCGUGGGACACCUGUAUGUAGAUUUAAUUAUUUAUGUAGGAGCUCUAAUGUUGUUACAUUACCUAUAUUAAAAGUUUAAUAUAAUAGUUUUGAAUAUGGUAAUAGUUAACAAGUAUUAUCAUUUUUAAAUUAAUUAUGUAUUAAUUAAACAUCAGUGAUUUAUUAGUUACAUUUUAAAUUUGGUGUAUUAUUUAGUCAAAUUAGUCGAUUAUCAUAGUUAUUGUAGCAACCCAGAAAAAAAACAUAUUUUGUUAUCAGUGAAGAUCAAGAGUUUAGCAAGUCCGAGAAUGUAAUAGGCAAAAUGUAUGAAAAUAGCAGAUAGUAUAGGAGAUAAUAAAGCACCUUGGGGGACACAAUAUAAAAAUAAAAUAGGAUUAAGAGGUACAUAGACAUUGCUACAAAGGGGAACUGUAUGGGUAGUAUAUGAAUGCAAUCAGGAGAGCCAGUGAAAAGCUAAAAUCUCCUUUGUUUACUUUUACAUCUCUGUCAGUCUGAUUAAUCACAAUAAGUAUAAACUAGAGUAUGAAUUACUAUUAUUACAAUAGAAGUUGGUGGUUCUAAUUUAGCUCUUUCUAAAGAUGCAAGAACAAUUGCUCUAAGUUAAAACCAUUAGAAGUUAAACAUUUACAGAAAUUAAAGAUGAUAUAGAUUUCUCACAGAAAUGAGAUGUUUUUCCAAGAUGAAGAGUAGUCUAUGUUACUUCUAGUCAUCUAACUAUAAUUAAAUUAAUGGAAGACAAGCACACUUUCACUCCUUUUUUCAGUAUUUUAUUUUCAAAAUGUAUAAUGAAUUUAAAUAGGUCAUUAAUUAAUUAAUCAUGUAAUUAUGAGGAUUGAAGAAGAUACUCUAUAUUGAGGUUGUACCUUGUGAAACUUAGGCUGAUUUUUCUCUGAUUUUUUAGUUACAUUCAACUUAAUCAAUAUUAUGAUUUAUAUCUUUACUAUUAAUAAUAAACUGAGUGAUCCUUUUAUCAUUUAUUACAUAAUAAUUUGCAAAUUAUACUUUCAAAAAAGAAAAAAAAUGUAUUGAAAAUGUAUUUAAGAAACAAGCUGAUCUAAAAUGUUAUAUCGUCAUUUUUUUUUGGCCCCUAUACUUUUGUGGGUGAAAGAACUACCAACUUGAUUCUCAAAAAAGUCCUAUAUAUAUAUAGAUAGUCCGGGUACUCUACAGUUUUCCCCUUCCUUGCAUCAUCUGUAAAGUAUAAUAUCCUACACAGUUAUUGUUUCACUUCCAAAAAUAAACCAACAAAAUAAAAAUGUGUAAUUAAUUUUUCAUUAACCAACUAGAGGAAGUUUAUAAGCUGAUUAAAUCUUUUUUAUAUUAUAUAUACAUAUUAACAGGUAUUACCCGAUUUUAACAGGCGAGGAGGAGAGGGGNUAUAUAAAUAAUUUUACUUUUUACAUUACUGUGUUUUUAUAAUAUAUUUUUUUAUUUAGAUAUAAUCUUAAAGACUUGAGAGUUGUACUCACAAGAUGUGAUGAUCUAUUAAAGGCAAAGGAACAUAGAAACACAGUAGAAAUGAAUGGUAGUGUUCAAAGACAGAUGAAUAUAAAUAGUGAUAUGCAAGUUGGCAAUUCAGAAGUGGAUCAUAAAGAAGAAAAUAACUAUCAAACACUAAUGGAUAGAUUAGGGUGAGUAUCUUGCAUUAGGUUGUGAAUUUUACUACAUUCAAAUAUAAUAAUUUAUGAUGAAAUGUAGUUAGAAGCAUGUACUAGUAAUGUGUUCAUUCCAGUCAAUUAUUUUUAGUAAAAUAAAUUGAACGAGAAAAAUUAUUUUUCUGACAAAAAUGAUUCAUAAAUUACUUUAUAAUUUAGACUGGAUCAGUAGAGUAGGGUAAUGAACUGUAUAUACAUUUUUAGAUAAUAAAUUGAUUAUGUUCUUUACUCUCCAUUUAACCUUUAAUUGUGAUAACUGAUAAUUCUUAAAUAAUAAAUUUGAUUUUAAUGUUAUGCAUUUCAACAUUUAUAGACAAAUAUACUACAUUACAGUAUAUGUUUAACAUAAGAUAUGUGAUUAAUCUUAUAAAAAAUCAAAAGCGUAUACUUACUUAUUUAAGGUAUAAAGAGUGAGUAGUAUAGAUUGCAUGCCAAUUAUUUUAUCUAAAGAGUUUAAUUGUUAAAUUUAGAAAAUUCGGGUUAGAGUUGCAUACAUACUCGUCCAACUGCUUUUGUAUUGACAUUUUCAGAUGUUACAGACAAAUAAACAAAUCGCAUACAGUUAAACAAACACUUUCUUAUAGUGACAAUUCAUAACCAUUUGUUCAUAGUUUUUAUUAUAUGGAAAUGGUUAAUAUAUUUAUUAAAAUUGUAUUUAUAUUUCAAAAUAAAAAUAUAUGAUAGGUACCUAGUGUUCUAAACAAAAUAAUUUCUUUGACAUUAUUUCAUUACUCUCACCAUAAAUCAAUCCAGUACUUGCUUGUAAAAAUUAAAUGAUUCAGUAAUGGUUUGAACAGUUACAGACAAGUUUGAUAAGGUUUGACAAAUUUCUGAGAGACUUGGAUGAUGAGAUAAUAAAAAUGAUAGAGUAAAACAAAUCUGUGUCAACUUUUUACAUUCUGUAAGCCCAAAUAAGUAUCUCUUAAAACAGAAGUCUGUUUUUUACACAUUGGUUUGGUCUAUUACAUUUUUAGUAAUGAAAUUUAUUUGUGUUAACAAGAUGAAUAUAUAAACAAAUACGUUUUUAAUAAAACAUAAUUUUGUUUAUAUUUGAUGAUAUUUAUUUUUCAGUAUAGAGAUAUUGUAUGAGUUUUAUUGAAUUUUUUUUUUUUAUUAUACCAUUACAAGUCAUUUUUUUUUUUUUUAUAUGUUUAUUAUAUAAUACAAAUUAAAUAUUUAAUAGUAUUCUAAUAUUAUUUUUUUAAACAUUUAUUUUGUUUUUGUUUUUGUUUUUGUUUUUUUUUUUUUUUAAUUUAGAUUUCAGAAUAAAGUAUUGCGUGUUGUUCUUACAAGAUUUGAUGAUAAUAUUUAAAAUGAUUACUAAUUAAUAAAACGAAGAAGUGACACACAAGAUGUGUAAAUGGCAUGAUCAUUUAGAUUAAUUAAUUACAUUUACAUAGAUCAUUUUCUAAUAUUAGAGUUAAUAUUUCUAAUAUUAAUUUUAUUAUUCUAUAAUAUUAUAUUAGAAAAAUGUAUUAUAUUUGUAUAAGUUGACUGCUUUAAUGUCUAAUAUUUUUUUUUGUACUAUUUUAUUUAAGUCCUACAAAAAAAUUAUCAAUAAUAAAUCCUAUCAUAUGAAGAAUCUAUUUUUCUUCUGAUCAAGUACACAACAUUUGUAAUUAAAAUAUAAAUUUAACUUAAGAAAUACAUUUUUUAUAAUAUUACUAUACACGUUAGAUUUAGUUACAUAGUUAUUACUUCAUUUCUAUUAUACGUUACAAAUAAAUAAAGGAUUUUUAAAUUCUUUACUGUAUUAGCUUUCAUGACCUUAUCUGAGCACAGUAUUGAUCAAAUUAUUAUUUUUAAAUUGAAUGUGUUUUCCUGUAACAGGUUCCAUUCUCUUUAACGAUUGUGGUCUAGUAUUUAAUUUUUUUUUUUUAAAGGAUACUUCCUUCUCAUAAAAACUUUACAACAGUUAAAUAACAAUUAGUAUAACUACUAUUUUGAGCACACCUGCACCGAUUGGCCAAUAUUGAAUAAAAAUAUUUUUUAAAAAAUGAUUAAGUGUCUCUGUGCCUUUUUUUAUAGUUUUGAAGAGUCUGUUUGACUACACUUUAAUAAUGACAUGAUAAUAUUUUGAAAACUGUGGUUAAUAGAAUCUUAAAUAACCCAGAAGCAACCUAUAAUCUACCCAGUACCCACCCACCAAUAUUUCCUAAUAAGUAGUACACAGGAACUAAUAUUUAGAUAUUUUUAUACUGAGCAUCCGCCUACAUUCAAAUAUUAAAAAAAAUAAUCGAGAAGCAAUCACUUCUCCAAGACUGCAUUUCAUUCACCGCUAUUUAAAAAUGUCUUAGUUUCUUCAACACAGUACAAAUUAAUUUGAAAACAGUGUUUUUAAUUAGAUAAUUAUUACUUAUUUAUAGUGAUGCCUACACCAUUUUAACCAUAAUGCAUGCAAUGUUAAAAUGGUUAUAAAAUUAUUUAUAGUGAUGCCUACAAUGGUAACCAUUUUAGAUUCUGAGUGGGGCAAAGAAGCUUAUGAUUUUACAAAGAUAUUUACUUUUUUUUUAUAUGUGCGCAACUUUUCUACCAGAAGACUUGCUCGGAUUUCUACAUGUAGCACUUUUUCUAAAAAGAAUCUGGCACGGGAAAGUAAAUUUUAGAUUUUCUCAUUAGUUUUCCCAGAAAAUGUGAAAAACCGGGAUAAACAUGAGAAUCUGGAAAAUGUAAAACAACUGGGAAAAUUGGUAAUACAUUAAACAUAUAUUAUUAGAGCAAAUAUAAAAACCGUAUUAUUUUACUAUUAAAUGAUAUAUUUAUUGUUGACAAUCACUAUCAACUGAACUCACCUCAGAAUCUAAGCAAUGAUUUAUUGUUAUUUAUAGGUAUACAUUAAAUUAUCUAUAACAGUGGCUGCACCUGUACUAUUAUCCUAGAUGUCUUAUUUAAUUUUAAUAGUGUUUUUUACUUAAACAAAAUUCAACCUAAUAAAAUUUGACCCUUUAUGUUAACAUAACUGUUUUUUUUUUUAUCUACAUUACCAAGAUAACCAAUAAAUUAACAAAAGUGAUUUUAUUUUCUUACCAAAAAUACCUAAAAGCCAUUUUUUGGGGGAGGGUGUAGUAGGGAUAUUGAAGGACUAAAAGUAUAUUCUGACAUUCAAAUUAAACAACGAACCAGUUUGCCCAUAUCCAAUAUAAUAAAAAUUAAUAAUUGAAAUUAAAUAUAUUCAAAUAAUUGAAAUGAGAUUUUGAAUUCAUAUACUCCAUCACCAUAACUUAUUUGCAUAAUAUAAUACUUAGGUAACUGAUUGAUUUACUGCAGUAAUAAGAAACAGAUUUAAGAUGAUAUUUCAAGUCUUUUAAUGAUAUUUACAGUUUUAGAUAGAACAGUUGUGCAGUAUCUAAUGUUGAUCCAUUCAUAUGUUGUCCUGCUAAAGUCUCUGUCUAUAUAGUUUCAAUCUGUACAUAUGGUUCUCAUCCUUGGUCUUUUACUAAUUAUUGAAUGUAUUUCAGUCUUGGCCUUCCUCUAUGAUAUUUCCUUUCCACGCUUUCUCCUAAAAUUAGCUUUAAUAGACCACAAUUAUAAGGUCUAUGUAUAAAUUACUUUUUCACAAUAGUUUUCUUUCAAGUACCAUUUUAUUAGUUAUUCUGUCCAAUACAGCUUAUCUUCAAUAUUAUUCCACUUUUCAGAUGCUCUAGACUUUUUCUUUCUUUUGCUUUCUUCCUACAUUAAUUUGUUAUUAUCUGAUGGUAAAUAUAUUGUGUUUCUUAGAUAAAUACAUUACCACAUGGAAACAUUAAUUUUAAGUCUUAUAUAAUAAUUGAAAUCAUUAUAUUAAUAAGAACAUAAGUUAUGGUAUUUGUGGAAUCUUUGUAAGAUUCAAUAUUAGCAGCCAACUUUCCAAUUUUCCUAUGGCCUAUCAUACCCUACUUUAUGUUUUACUAUCUUUUUGUUUUUUAUUGUGAUUCAAAAUAAUUAAUUAAUAAUUUUUAAAUUUAUUUGCAUUUUUAUUAUUGAAACUAGUAGUUUUUAACAAAUUAUAUUUGUAAGACAUGUAUCAAAGUUAACAUUAUCAAAAUAUCCAAUUAAAUUGAUAGUUUAAAUUCAGUAUUAAUUCAAUAAUUUUGUUAUUAUCUAUUUUCACUAGACUAAUAGGUACCCUACCAUACCAUACCUUAUAAAACUAACAUAGUAUAUAAUAUUUUAUUUCGGUUAAAUUAGAAUCUGAAGAAUUAUUAUUAUUAAUAAUUAGCUGACUAUGAUUAGGUACAAAUCUAAAAUUAUAGACAAAAUGAUCAAAAGAGAGUAUUAAUCAAAUUAUGUAUGCACAAAAUAAAAAAGAUAGACAUACUUUGCAUGAUGGGUGAGCUACUGUUGUAAGUGAGAAAUUGGAAAAGUAGGAUAUAGAGGGGAAUUUAAUGUUUAGAUCAUCUGUAUGCAAUAAUAGAUCAUUGCUAAUGAACAGCAAUUUUUAGCAAAGUUGUCUUAUACAUGUUUUGAAAGGCCAUAAUUUUUACAAUUUUUUCAGAAUUUGAUAUUGAAAUUCUUAUAAAAAAAAUUCUAUAUUAUCCUCAAAUUUUAAUUUUUUAUGCCAAAGUACAGUUUAUAGUGAACCUCCUGUUAAAUUUUCAAGAAUUUCUGUUUGAUCCAACGAUUAAGUACCAAGUAGGUAUAAUUUUCAUUUAGAAAAAUUGUUUACAAAUAAAAAAAAAAAUUAAAAAAUAAACAACAUUAUAAAACUAAUACAUUCCUUGCAAAAAUAAAUUAUAAUUAGUGACUUAUGAAAAUAAAAUGUAGAAUUGAAACACAGUAUUAAAUAGCAAUUUCAUCCCACAAACUAAGAUAUCGAGGAUUGAACAUCAACUUGACCGGCAGGUUGAGAGUAAUGAAGUUAGAUUACAGAUUAAAUUUUAUAAAGAGACAUUAGAGUUAUAACAGAUAUUCCGAAAAACAGAGUUUUGCCUGUUCAACAUCCUGCCAACCAUGUCUAGCCGUUGGUACCUUAGAAGGGAUUAAGUCAACAUAUUUUUUCCAUGAUUUACCCUCAGCGUUGCAUGAUCAUACAAUUUUUAAGAAUAAUUGUACAUUUUGCUGUAAAGCUAAUACCUUAAUUCCUUUCUUUUCAAAUUUAAUGAUUUUAAGGUUAAACAUAUCACCAAUAAUCAGUAAUUAAGUUCUGAAUCGGAACUCAUUACUUCAAAUAAUUGCCUGAAAUUAUAUUAACAGUAUGUUUGUGGUCUUGAUACGAAAUUACAUUUCCUUCAUACUAACUUUGUAUUAUUGACCUAUAACAUUUUCACUUUAUUAAACAUGGCUAGCUAAUGAUAUUUGGAAUGCUAAAUCGGAGAUCCUAUAUUACACAAUUUUUAGAUAUAAUAAGUUUACAGAUACCAGUGAUAAAUUACGUGGAGGAGGCACUUUAAUUUCUAUAAAAAAUAAAUUUCAAUCAUAAUCUCAGUUAAUAAUUUCAAUUUUUCUGGUCGAAAAUUCCAUUCUCAUAGCUAGUAUUUAUCUAACUCUUAGCUCCGUUAAAUAUGAAAGUUACAUAAUGCUUAUGGAUUAUGUAUGGCAGGUUAAUAAUUUUGAUCUUAAAAUAGUCUGGGUGACUUCAAUUUACCUAAUGUAAAUUGGACCAAUAAUGAUUCUGGCCUUCGAUAUAGUAGUGGAUAUAUUACUGAUAAUGUACAAAAAAAAAUAUAUUCCCAACGUCAAUAGGUCCAUUCUUUACAUAGUUUUUUCUAGCAAUUGUGCUGCUCAAGUUAUUCAAUCUCCGAUACUCUAACUUCGUUUGAUUUAUAUUACCCUCCGAUAUCUAUAACUUAUUUAUGUUCUUCAUUUAUAUCCAUGCAUGAUUAUCUACAUAUGUAUCCUGUUUUCAAAAGAGCUGAUUAUAUAAAUAUACUCAAGACCCUAGCAUCCGUGAAAUAGAAUUAUUUAUAUUUGAAUGCGGACGAGUCAGUCAAUUUAUAACAAAAAUUACUUUAAGAUAUCAUUUCGAAAUGGGUGCUGCGAAUAUUCAAAAAAUCAACAUUUUUAUCUUGAUUAUCUGAUAGCUUAAAGUUCAUAAGUUAUAAAAAAAUCUAGGUGGUGUUAAUCGGUAUAAUCAUUUUUCAUCAUUGCAUGCACAUUGUAAACUGGAAUCAAAGCGUAUAUAUAGACUUCAUUUACAUAGCAUUCGAUUAAAGCUGAGUCAUAAUACGAAAGUAUUUUGAGAUAAUAUUCGCAACCACCAAGGGAGUUCUUCAAUUCUUAAAGAAGUUCAUAUUGAUGAUUUAAUGUCCACUGGCGACCAAGCUACAAAUCUGUUUGCUACAUAUAUUCUACUUAUUUAUCAUAAACUAUGUACGAUCCUUAGCACUCAUUAAAAUUCACAUAUUAGUAAUGAAUUAUCGUUUCUUCCAUUCAUUAUUUGUGUUACCACUAAUGAAAUCCAAACAGUUCUUGUCUCCUUGCAAUCAACUCUAGGCUCAGUGCCAGAUUUUAUCGCUAUUGUGAUUUUCUUACCUCACAGAUCUGUUCCGGAAACUAAGUCAGAUCAUUCUGAUAUUAAAAAAAUAAAUCCAGCUAAUGUUAUGAACUAUCGGCCAAUCUCGAGUUUGUUUAUUUUAGGUAAACUUGUUGAGCCUAUUAUGUUAAAACGAAUCUAAAAGACUCUUCUUUCAGUAAUCACAGUUGAUCAACAUGGGUUCUUUCCCCAGAUGCUUAGCGAUAACAAGCGCUAUUGAUUUUACUUCAUGCCUUUAUCAAUUAUUUGAAUCACACAAGUUGACAUCAUUUACACGGAUUUCACAAAAGAAUUUCACUCGAUUGACUACUGUACAUUAAUUUAUACUUUAGGUAGAAAUUAAUUGAGCCACUCAUACGCUGAGUAACCUCAUAUUUGCUCCAUUGUAAUCAAUUCAAUAACCUCUUUGAUAAAACAUACAAACAUUACAAGUUGUCAACUGAAGUUCCAUAUGGUAGCCAUUUAGGUCCCUCACUAUUUAACAUCCUCAUCAAUAAAGUAUUCUGGUACAAACCAUGAACAAAUGGUUAUGAAUUGUCACUAUAAGAAAGUGUUUGUUUAACUGUAUGCGAUUUGUUUAUUUGUCUGUAACAUCUGAAAAUGUCAAUACAAAAGCAGUUGGACGAGUAUGUAUGCAACUCUAACCCGAAUUUUCUAAAUUUAACAAUUAAACUCUUUAGAUAAAAUAAUUGGCAUGCAAUCUAUACUACUCACUCUUUAUACCUUAAAUAAGUAAGUAUACGCUUUUGAUUUUUUAUAAGAUUAAUCACAUAUCCUAUGUUAAACAUAUACUGUAAUGUAGUAUAUUUGUCUAUAAAUGUUGAAAUGCAUAACAUUAAAAUCAAAUUUAUUAUUUAAGAAUUAUCAGUUAUCACAAUUAAAGGUUAAAUGGAGAGUAAAGAACAUAAUCAAUUUAUUAUCUAAAAAUGUAUAUACAGUUCAUUACCCUACUCUACUGAUCCAGUCUAAAUUAUAAAGUAAUUUAUGAAUCAUUUUUGUCAGAAAAAUAAUUUUUCUCGUUCAAUUUAUUUUACUAAAAAUAAUUGACUGGAAUGAACACAUUUCUAGUACAUGCUUCUAACUACAUUUCAUCAUAAAUUAUUAUAUUUGAAUGUAGUAAAAUUCACAACCUAAUGCAAGAUACUCACCCUAAUCUAUCCAUUAUUGUUUGAUAGUUAUUUUCUUCUUUAUGAUCCACUUCUGAAUUGCCAACUUGCAUACCACCAUUUAUUUAUAUUCGUCUGACUGAACACUACCAUUCAUUUCUACUGUGUUUCUAUGUUCCUUUGCCUUUAAUAGAUCAUAACAUCUUGUGAGUACAACUCUCAAGUCUUUAAAAUUAUAUCUAAAUAAAAAAAUAUAUUAUAAAAACACAGUAAUGUAAAAAGUAAAAUUAUUUAUAUAACCCUUCUCCCCCUCGCCUGUUAAAAUCGGGUAAUACCUGUUAAUAUGUAUAUAUAAUAUAAAAAAGAUUUAACCAGCUUAUAAACUUCCUCUAGUUGGUUAAUGAAAAAUUAAUUACACUUUUUAAAAAGAAGGAAAANCCCCCCCCCCUUGAGUUUUUUCCCCUUACAUUUAACUUAAUCAAUAUUAUGAUUUCUAUCUAUACUAAUACUAAUAUACUGAAUGAUACUUUUAUCAUUUAACACACAUUAAUUUGCAAAGUACAUAUUUAAAAAAAAAAAAAUGUUUUGUCAGUUUUAAAAAUAAGCACAGCUAAAAUGUUACAUCACAUUUUUAUUUUGUUGGUUUAUUUUUGGAAGUGAAACAAUAACUGUGUGGGAUAUUAUACUUUACAGAUGAUAUGAUAUGAAGGGGAAAACUGUAGAGUACCCGGACUAUCUAUAUAUAUAGGACUUUUUUGAGAAUCAAGUUGGUAGUUCUUUCACCCCCAAAAGUAUAGGGGCCAAAAAAGAAUGACGAUAUAACAUUUUAGAUCAGCUUGUUUCUUAAAUAUAUUUUCAAAACAUUUUUUUUCUUUUUUGAAAGUAUAAUUUGCAAAUUAUUAUGUAAUAAAUGAUAAAAGGAUCACUCAGUUUAUUAUUAAUAGUAAAGAUAUAAAUCAUAAUAUUGAUUAAGUUGAAUAUAACUAAAAAAUCAGAGAAAAAUCAGCUUAAGUUUCACAAGAGACAACCUUAAUAAUAUUAAAACUCUAUAUUGAGUCAAUAUAGAGUAUCUUCCUCAAUCCUCAUUAGUUAAUAGCUAAUCGUUGCGUAUAGGUAUAUACAUUUAAUUCCCAUCUAUAUCGAACCAACGAACAGUUUCACUAUCAUGAUUACCUAACCUUUGUCAUAAUUUUAUCUAUGUUAGUUCUAUUGCGAUCAGUACGAUCUAGUAUACAAAGCCGUCGUAAACAGCCCCUUCGAAUCUUCAAAUUGAUUCCAUAGUCAAUAUUUAAAACGCCAUUUGUAAAGUCGUAUUGGCUUAGUAAUUUAUAUCAUACAUCGUAGGCGCAGUUAAAUAUGUGGAUGUAACCAGCUGUUAGGUCCGUAUAAAUCGGAGCCAAUCAUAAACGAGGUCUGAAUCCAAGGACGUUUAUAACGUAAAUGGAUCUUUUUCAGGUUAAUUUUUAUUUCCAUGUUAUCAUUAGUCAUUUCUUAAUAACUUCAUAAUAUCUUAUCUUUACGGAAAUAAGAUUUUAAUAAGGCAGUUUGUGUUUUUAUAGCUUUACCGAACCAAAACUUGAAUAAUUCCUGAUAUACCUAUUAAUUUCAUCACGACUGGGAUUUGACCGCCGAUGUGGAUUUUUAUUAUCACUUGACUUCGUGUAAGUGAACUACGAUUAUAACACCAAAUAAUCAACUGGACAUGUUAGUAUACUUCGUUAUCAUAUUGUAAUAUAAUAUCUUUUUUUUUAUUUGAGUACUUAUUGUAUGUUUAUUAUGGAUAAAAAAAUAAUAAAUUUACCAGUUUUUAUAUACCUAUUAUUCAAUUUAAGAUAGAUAUGCAUAGACCAUAUUCAUUAUUCAACACUUAUUUUUUGAGUCAUGAUCAUGAUAGCUAUCUCUACCAUAUAAUAUGUAAUAUCUAAUAUAAUAUUUAAUAAUAAUGUUAAUAACAAGGGGUGAAUUGUAUAUAAUAAACAAUUGAUUAAAAGACAGACUUAGGUACUUCUCCUAAUACCCCAAAUAAGGAAUAUUUUUAUGUACAGUAGAUAUUUGCUUUGCAUCUUGGACUGUGGCCUACUGAAUAUAAUAUAUUAUAUAUAAGCAUGUAAUUUUUCAACCUGUUUCAUAAUUCAAUCUAGGAAAAACCAUAGAAAGCAUAGUAUUUAUUGUUAGUGGCAUUAGGUUGGAUUCUAAAUAAAUUAACGAAUGGUUAUUCAGGUAAUAGUCAUAAUGAAGUAACUCCAUAUUAAAUUCAACUCAAAAUUCUACAAAAGUACAUAAUAUUACAAAUAUAUAUAUAUAUAUCUGUUUGGCCAGUAACAUAAUAUAUAUAUUAUUAUAAGACUAUAUUAAAUGAAUAUAAAUUAUUUAUUUUUUUUUUGCUUACAGAAAUAAUAAUACACAACAAAUUAUUACAGCAAACCAUUCAACCAAAGUUUCAAAUUACAUUUAACAAGCAAUUAUAUUAAUAAUCACACAUUAUGACUACAUCUCAGAGUGCAAUUAGACUUGGGUAUGUAAUAUGUUCUUGUAUUUUUUUUAAUUAUUAUUUAGUUCAGUGAUAGUAUUUUUUUUUUAAUUUUAAUCAAAACUAAGAGAAAUCCUCCCAGUCAUCCAAUAGGUGACCAAGUAUAAAAUCAUAACUAACUACUUUAUUUCAUCUCAAUGUAUAUAUGAAAAAAGUGUCCAAAGAACAACUUAACAUAUAAUUCACAAUUAAAAUGAAAAUUGUUUAAAUCGCUUAUCACUCAUUGCAUGAAGUAUUUUAAAUAACAUGGGUCUUUUUAUUAUGAUAUAUAGAUAUUUAUAUUAAAUUUGAUUUGCUCCAUUCAGAAAUUAUGUGAGAAAAGGUUUUGUUUAAAAUAAUAGUAAUAAUAUAAGAAAUAAUGUGUAUUUAUUUUGUAUGGCUAAUGAUAUACUAAUAAAAUAUGUAUCACAUAUCUAGUUAUAAUUAUUAAAUAAUAUCACAAGUUAAAAAGCCAGUCAAUGUCACAUUCAAAAUUAAAAUGAAAAAUAAAAUGUAUAUUAAUAUUGUUAUAAGUUAUAACUUAUAAUCAUAAAUUUAUGUUUAAUAAUUUAAUCCAUUCUAUAGCUUCUGGAGUAAUAUUGUGGAUGACAGUAAAGCUCUGAGUUUGUCUUUUUGGAUACUCUAUCUCUAUGUAGUUCAUUGUUUGUUUAACUUAGAAUUAUCUUUAUACUUCAUUUUACUCAAUUUAUGUAAAGGAUGUCUACAUCUCAUGCCCUGAUGUACAAACACAACACCACUUGUAAAUUUAAAAUUUAAAUUUAAAGUGCUUAUUUAUUGGAACAAAAAAAAUUAUUCAAAAGGCAAACUGCCUUUAUUAUUUUGUAAGAAAUUGAAGAUAUCAUCUAACUGUUCUAAAUACAUAUUUAAACAUUUAGUAGUACAAUAUUCUAGGUUUAAUUUAAUUUUAAUUUGUAUUUCAGGAUCAAAAGAAGGUGUCAAAAAAAUGCUGAGGCUGGUGUACUUGUCAAGUUAACUGAUGGACAUCAUACAUUACUAAACCAAUUCAUUCUGGACUGCUUUUAUUCCAAAAAGACUGAAAACUUCUGUAGAAUACCUGUGAACGCUAAAAAAAUUUACGUUACAUUUGCAAAUAUUCAAAGAUCAAAUAAUGUGGAAGAAUGUGUAGUGGAUCCACCAAUACCUGAUGAUUCCUGUGUAACCAUACAUUUGUAUGAUGAUAAUGGUAGAGUUGUCGGCAAACGUUAUUUGGACCACUGUAAAUCUUUUGAAGUUCUUCAAUUUUCUUUCAGUUUGCCAAAAAGUGCUACAGUAGUGUUUGUUAAAUUUGGUAAGAAUUUACGGAAUAGAUCCGAUGCACACUUCCCAGAUACAUCAGAAUUUAAUUAAUUCUAAAAUAUUAUAUAAUAGUUUGUUAUUUAUACAAAUAAUAAUAAAUAAGCUUUAAGACACUAGUGCAAUGGCUUUUAAACUUUUAACACAAUUAUUAAGGCAUGUGUCUGAGCCAUGAAUAACCUUUUUUUCUUUUUCAGUUAUUAUUAAUUUUUUACAUGCCAAUAAUAUUUUCUUCUCUGAAGACCAAAUAAGGUGUUAUCCAAUUAUACCCCUUUUUUAUUAAAUGUAAAACUAAAACUUUUUUGGUAAAUAAAUAAUACGUUUUGUAUACAAAUUAUUAAAGCCAUUGCAUUUAUUAUAGACUGUCAAAUAUUUAACCUACUGUGUAGUGUGCAGAUUUAUAAUAAACAUAAAUUUGAUUGAUAUAUAAUAUUAUAUAUUACCACUGUAUCAUAAAUUUUCAUUAAACCUAUAUGGCUACACCAAUAUUUCUAGACAUACAGUUUAGUGCACAGAGUAGUUUAAACUUAUAAUUAAAAAAUUAUGACAAUAGUAAAUGCAACAAAUAAACAAAUGUUUGUCAUAAAAAUGUCAGCAAUUAUAAAUAUUGGUUCUAUGCAGUUUUCGUGUAAUCUAAAUGGUU